AAAGGGAAUAAAGAAGAAGUUACAGAGACAUUCAAGUACAGUGAUAGAAAGAGAGAAGUGAGAGAGGAAGAGAGAGAGAUAAAUAGAUAGAAAUCAUCUCAAGUGAUUACGCAUUUUUCUUUGAUCAAAAGAAAAGAAUAGUAAAGCAAAUGUUUAAAGGAGGUCGCAAAAUUUCCAUUUAUCUUUAGUUUAAACUCGACAGUGGCGCAAAAUAGCGGCGAUAUUAAAUACAAAAGUUGUUCUAAAGCGGCGCGCAAGUGUACUCUAAUCUCUCUUUGCUCUAUCGACGACAACUACAUACCAAAGAGACCCUGUACAUUACAAAAUCAUAUGCAUAUUACGAAAUACUUUGCGCGUGAUAUGAUCGAAUGUAUUGUCGUUGUUGGCGCUGUGAGAUCUUGAAAAAAAGAAAAAAAAGAAGGAAAAAAAAAACGAAAGAAAAGAAAAAAAUUUAAGCAGAUAUGCACCUCGAGGAUUACCUCGUUGUCGACAAGAACGGGGAGAACGUAAGGCAACGUGUUUAUUCAACAAACGGGAUCGAUCAAGAAGAAUAUCUUCUUGAUUCAUCAUCUCGUUUGAUACCGACAAUGAACGUCGUUGGUAGUACACGAGAAUCUUGUUGGACUAAUCAUCAUCAUUCCUCGCAAGUGGAUAAUAUUGGAUCGUCCUCACCAUUUUUAUCGACAUCUUCAAAUUCUUGUAAGAAAAAUGAUUGGGAAGAACUUACAGUAGCUAUACAAUAUCCCGAUCAACGACCUGACACAUUGAGCAAUAAUACCAACGAAGUAAACAAUUGGAAUAACGAGAUUACGAGAAAUGGUGAUUAUUACGAUGACAAAACUAAUGGACGGCAAAGAUUGCCUUCGGUAGGAACAGCCUUCUCAUUUUCACGAGCUUUCGUAUAUCCCGAUUAUCAAGGAUAUCAGGAUUAUCAAGAGAGUACAAAUUUAGUAACUUCGAUCAGUUCGCAGAACGAAGAAUUUCAAGAGCUUGGUAGCGCCAUGCAAAUAGCUACAAAUGAAUUUGAUUUGAGUUUGAUCAGAGGCGAUCCUACUUCUUUGCUUGCCAAUGUUGAUUCUUCCUCGUCUUCGGCGUCAACGUAUUUAGAAGAAUUACAGGAUCCGUUUCAAAAUGUUGAUGGUCUUUGUUAUGCCGUUGGUCAUCUGGUAUCUUCACAGUCGAGUACACAAUUGUCCACGAUGAAUUUUCAUCAGGAAAAUGUGGUUAAAGAUAAUCUUGGGAAUCAAGUGGUAUUACCUCAAAACGAAGGAUUACUUCUUGCCGAUCAACGUGUUCCAAGAUCUGACGUAACAACGAAGAACGAUGUUUGUGAUAGAUCCUACGAUCGUCCCACGAUAGAAGAAAAUAAUUUCAUAUCGACGUAUCAAUGUCGAUGGAUUGAUUGCGGAAGUGCAUUUACGGAACAAGAAAGUCUCGUAAGACAUAUAGAGAGGCGGCACGUAGAAUCUUCCUCUUCCAAUGCUCAUGGACACGGACGACGUGUACAAAGAGACAGAGAUAAGGAAAAGGAGAAAGACGGGGAUAAUUCUUUCUUGGGACAAACGAGUGCUCCAACAACGGGACAAGACGAAUUUGCUUGUCUUUGGCAGGGAUGUCCUCGUGCUAGACCAUUUAAUGCUAGAUACAAAUUACUCAUACAUAUGCGAGUACAUAGCGGUGAGAAGCCAAAUAAAUGCCCUUUUGCUGGUUGUAAAAAGGCAUUUUCACGGCUUGAAAAUUUGAAGAUACAUCAGAGAUCGCAUACCGGAGAGAAACCUUACGCGUGUCAGCAUCGUGGUUGCACUAAAGCUUUCAGCAAUAGUAGCGAUCGAGCUAAACACCAAAGGACUCAUUAUGAUACGAAACCUUACGCUUGUCAAGUAAGCGGCUGUGGUAAACGUUACACGGAUCCAUCAAGUUUAAGAAAACAUGCAAAAAAUCAUGCAGAACCAACAACGUCGUUAAUGACAUUACCAACAACUACGUUAGAUAAUAAAAUGUCUAUCGGUUAUAAUAAUUCGUCGAACGUAAUAACGGAACACCGUAAGGAUAUAACAAAUACGUUACAUCAGAUUCGACAGGCGAACAGUCCCCUUUCAACAAAUUAUAGAUCAUUAAAAAAUUCAGAAUCAUGUAGGGAAGAUGAUAUUGAUUUUCUUUAUAAUAAUUUAUACGAAAGUGAAAGGAUCCCUACCGUUCCGUUUGAUAAUAAUCAUCAAGAAUAUGUUCCGAUAGAAUACAUGAAACGUUUUCUUAUCGAAGACAUAAAUAAUUCUCAAAACGAUUGUAAUACUGGAUAUGGUACGAACGACGAUGUUCCUGAUUUUCAAGAACUCGGUUCUGACAUCGAGCAAGAGUUUCUUGAAUUGAGUAAUCUCAACGAUGCUGUUUUCAUCGAUGUUUAACGUUGAAUAUUGUAUUUUUAUAUUUAAUUAUGUAUAUAUAUAUAUAUAUAUAUAUAUAUAUAUAUAUAUAUGUAUGUAUAUAUAAAAUAUUUUUUCUAUUCUUUUUUUUUUUUGAUUAUUAUUAUUAUUAUAUGAGGGCGAAAAACAUAUUUGCACAAUCACGAUCAACGUGCUGCAUUUACUAAAGACUUACUUCAUCUUAUUAUUAUUAUUUUUCUUUCUGUUUUCUUUUCUAUAAUAAUAAUAGUAAUAAUAAUGAUA